AGUCCCUUAUUAGUUUCUUUCUUUUCAUAUUUGGUGUUCUUUGCUUACAAAUUUGGUAUUGGAUCGACGCCAAGUCUCAAAUCGUAAAUUGCAUAGAAUGAACGAGAUUAGUCUGUGUGAGUAUAGCUUUUCUCAUCAAUAUCCUCGAACUCCAAGCUUUACUUGUCUUAACUCUUGCCUGACGGAACGAUGGGGCGAUUUGCCCUUGAAAGUCGAUGACUCUGAGGACAUGCUUAUCUACAACUCCCUUCACGAAGCUCUUAAUUUUGGUUGGUCUCCUUCCGAUUCAAUGCUGCCAACUGCCAUUAAAGACGAGGCUGAGGUGUUGACACCAGUAAUCAAAGUGAACCCCAUCGGGUCGACUCAACCCGUAGAUGCUGCAACAACUCAAAUGUUAUUCGGAACUGCUUUCAUGGGAAUAAGCAGUGAAAACGAAACCGCUUUUUUUAUGGGAAAACAAGAAAAGUGCUUUAGGAAUGGGAAUCAAAGAGUAGCUAAGGGGAGGCAUUACAGAGGAGUAAGGCAAAGGCCGUGGGGGAAAUUCGCGGCGGAGAUAAGAGACUCAGCUAAGAACGGGGCAAGAGUUUGGCUAGGCACGUACGAGACCGCCGAGGAAGCUGCUUUGGCUUAUGACCGAGCGGCUUUUAAAAUGCGUGGUUCCAGGGCUUUGCUUAAUUUCCCGCAUAGGAUCGGCAACAAUGAGCCGGCACCCGUCAGAAUCACGGCUAAGCGUCGGGAAAAUGAGCCUUCUUCGUAUAAUACACCUUCGCCUAAGAGAAGGAAAAGUUUGGUUACUAAACAAACCGAGUUAGAGAGAGACAUGGGGUUGACUGUGUUUCAAUUGGGAUAUCAAAUGGGCCUAAUGCCACUUGGAGAACAGUUAUUGGUGAAUUAAAAAUUUCUUAUCUUUUAUCUGUUUAUUUGUUGUACGUACUAAGAGGAUGAAAAGUAGUAAUAGACAGAACCAUUAACUUUUGAGUGCGCCUUUUUUUUUUUUUCCCGAGAGGAUAAAUAAAACCUAUGAACCGAAUGUUAUUGAUAAAAAAAAAAGUUAUUAAGUGUAAUCUCUUAUAAGAAAAAAAAAAAUCUGUGAAGCGUCACAUUCAUUUUA